CGGAUCAACAAAAACUCCGGGAGCUGCCGAGGAGGGGAUGAGAUAUUUCUGUUGUGUGACAAAGUCCAGAAAGAGGACAUUGAGGUCCGUUUCUUCACCAGUGACUGGGAGGGGAGAGGAUCCUUCAGUCAGGCCGACGUCCAUCGUCAGGUGGCGAUCGUGUUCCGGACGCCAGCGUAUCGCGAUCUCAGCCUCGAACGCCCCCAACUCGUCCACCUCCAGCUCCGCCGCCCGUCAGACAAAGAGGUCAGCGACACCAUGGAGUUCCAGUACCUCCCCCACGACAAAGAUCCCUACAGCAAGGAGGAGAAGCGACGGAAAACACAGAUCGUGUUCAACAACAUGUUACAAACAUGUAACAUGUCAGCGACACAGAGACCCACCCUCGUCGCGAGACGGACCCUGGAAGACACCAGGACCCCGAGGAAGCUGGGACAGAGAGACGCUGUUCCCCCUGACGUCCUCGGGCCUGUACACCAGCGGGGAAGCCUGGCUCCGAGCUCCGCGUUCAACCGCUCGUCGGGCCUCCUGGGCCGGACGCAGGCCCCGGCCAGCUCCCUGCAGCAAUCAUUCUACAGCCUGACCUCCAUGGGCACAGUGACCGAGAAUCGCUUCAGGCCGGCCCAGGCCUCCAACUCCCACCUCCAGCCUUCGGGCCUUGUCCUGGGCCCCAACUCCCAGGCUUCGGGCCUACUGCAGAACUCCCACCUCAAGGCUUCGGGCCUGCUCCAGGCCUCAGGCCUAGGCCAAGUCCCCAACUCCCACCCCCAGGCUUCGGGCCUGUUCCAGGCCUCAGGCUCUGCCCCGGCCCCCGACGUGACGCACGUCCUGUCGACCAUCGACGCCACGGAGCUGUUCGGGGCCUCGUACCCGCACGGGCCUCUCCUGGCCCGGGCGUCAGGCGAGCCCCAGGCCCAGGCUCCCGGCCCGCCCCAGAUCCUCAACUCCCAGCCCCAGGCUUCGGGCCUGGUGCCGUGCCAGGCCCCCGCGGGAGGGGCCGGCUCCGGCGCCGAGUGGGGGCUGGACAUCGGCUCGGGCCCCGAGAUGCUGAGCUUCCUGAACGAGGACGAGUGCGUCAGCCUGGCCUCCAUCGACAACGAGGACUUCCAGGAGCUGCUGGACGCCUAUCGAGACGUGGAGCCGGUCGUCGGGAGGGACAGGGGGGACGCAGCCUCGCUGGGAUACCCGUCCACCAUGAUGAGCUACCCGCCCGACCUGCUCAAGCUCAUGGCCGACGACAAGAUGGAGGAGAACAAGCCGGCGGAUCCCCUGGCGGACUUGACGCUCGAGGACGGGACUAUGUCCUUCCUCCGCGACGGCCUGGAUUUCAUGACCACGCUGGAGAUUAACCAGUUCUGCACGGGAGCGGCAGAGGACUGUCACUUGCCGGGCGGACAGUGAGGCAACAACGCUCGCCCUGCGUAACACUCCUCGCUCGCGCUCGCCCGCCCUCGCCGCACGCACCCACGCACGCGCACACACAGACUUCACACCAACUCCCAUACCCCA